CCCCUACCGUAAACUCAACACAACUACUAACAGCAAUAUACACACAUAUACACACACACUCACAUCAUCAGUUGUUGACGCAUGUGCAGUUGCGUUUGUUUAUUACACAGAGUUGGCGACAUAACCAAUUGUUUUUUUUCGCGUAUGAUUAGCGGUCUAGGUUAAUAAAAGUCGAUGCUACUAACCAAAAAACGACCUAUCAAGCGAAACGGACUCGUCUGUGAAAAGUUAUCUGUGAAUUGUGAUUUUAUGUUUUUGAAUUCUGAUGAUAACAACCGUCAAAACUGUUAAUUAAGAGAAUAUUAAAAAAAUAGUGGAAUUUUACUGCAUAUUGCAUAGAUAACCUAUCUUUGUGUUUUUCAUCGUAAUUCGUGAAAUAAUCAUUAUAAUACAGGACCGUAUAUUAAAAUGGUUGAAGAUCUGAACCACGUCGUGUACGACAUUUUGUAUCCUAGUCCACCGGAUCUGACAAAAAUCGUUUCCAUCUCAAUCGCCGUAGAUUUAUGGUGCCAUGAAAUAAACACACGUCGUAUUGCAGGCACACUGGAUCAGCUCAAUCUACGUCGAAAUAUUUUAAAUGGUCCGAUGCCUCGUUAUUUACCGAUCUCGAUUCUCCUGGAAAUUGAAAAAUAUGUCAAACGGAUCGGACUCUCAAUUGAGCAAUGGCUGCUGCUUCAUACUGGUCGAGACUUAUUCGGAAAUGAAAUUUUACAACAUUUCGCCGAUUUUGUAGGCGAUUUCGAUGGUUCGAUUCAUCAAGUGAAUACAGCCAAACGACUUGUAUUGAACGAUCGAAUUGACAACGUUUUGAGAUUGAAGAUGGCUUGUACUUAUUGCUUCGAAGACGAUAUUAACCGAAUUUGGGCUACGAUAUCAACUUAUAUUCGUCUGAGACUGAGACGCUCUUUAUUUUGGAGUAAUCCUGUGCUGUAUUAUUGGAUAUGCCGGUUGCAAAAUGGAGCAUACAGAUUACCGCCGCCAGAAAAUCCACACCGGACUAUCGAGGAAGAAAUUUUCUGCAAUCUUUACAUAGCGAACUGGUCCUUUGCCGAAUACUUUUGGAGUCGUUUCGAUGCAAAUAGUCGAAUGAGGGCGAUGAUAAAUUCGCCUAUACAUUUCGUUAAAUUUUACAGAUAUUUUCUCACGAAUUAUAACGAAACGGAGCUUGACGAAUUUGUCAACAGAAAGGCAUUGGAUGUCAUGUACGCACUAUUGAGAAAAGGUACUCGAAGAGAGGAUGCUCUGAGCAAAGGUGGACCGUAUUACGUUAACGGUACCGUCCAGGAUAUACGGCCUUAUUUCAGAGUAAUUUGGAACUUGAUUAAACAUAGAAUGAGCGAAUAUGUUUUGUUCCUUUUGGUUCGAAAAAUUCUUAUAAGACUGCGAAUUGUGGAGGAAGAGUUCGAUACAUCUAACUGCUGCGAAUUGUGGAUAACUGCGCCUGAUCACUUGAAACGGCCCGUAAUCCAACUUAUUUUGCUAGAUGAUUUUUUGUGCAUAUGCGAUCAAUUCGUAUUUAGAGCAUAUAACGAUAGCGUAUUCGAAUUCUUAUUUGUUGUACUAUCAGAUGCAUCGGCUGAAGAUAGAAGCAUAUUUUGGGCCCGUUAUUGGUAUAAAAUGAUUCAUAGAAUAACAGCGAGACAGUUGAACGAGUUGAUGAACUUCUGUUUGAGUAAUGAAAACGAAAUCCUCGAGUUUAAACGAAACACGUUAUCUGUAUUUCAGAACUUACGAUUGAAUCUCGUAAGAUUACUCCUUGAGCUAAAAUUUGACGAUUUGAACGAGUUAUUGGAGUUUUGUUGCCCAGAUGAGCGAUUACGUGAAAAUAUGCUGCGAGAACAGCUAAUCGUGUAUUUCCACGCGAACACCGAUACCAUUGUAAAUAUAUCGCCUCGAGCUAAUGAUUUCAUCGACCAAGUUUUCGGCGAUGUUGGGCCUGCAGUAGCUUUCAAAACUCAAUUAUUAUGUUCUGAGUCGGCUCAGGAAACGUUUAAAAGAUUCAUCUUUUGCAAAGCCUACAGAGGUAAUUUUCAUCAGGUGAUAAGAUUUAUCGAAAUAUUAGCACCAUCGGAGCAGACUGUACUUGAAUUGAUGAAAUAUUGUUUGUUUCCCGCAUUCGAGAAGUUGUUUCACGCUGGCUACUAUUUACUUAAUUUUGGAAACGGUGAAUUUUUAAACUUUAUAAAUGCGAGUUUGAGUAGCGAAGAUGAAGUUGCAAAGUUUAAAAAGACUUUUUCUAUCGAUGAAGUAGUUAAAAAAGCGAUUCUAACUGCGACGACUAGAUCGGAAAUUGAGAGAUAUAACUCUUUUUUAGUUCCAUUUCUACAGUGGUAUUUCGUCACUCCAGAAGCGCUCAACCAGUUUAAGGCGAGAUAUGCUGAAAAUGAUGUGUUUGUGCAGUUGACGACUGAACGUUAAUAGACCCAAGACUUUUACUCACUCGGUGUGAGCAUUUCAUGACGGAUUAUCGCAAUUUUUAAAUUCUGGACGUAUGUACAUAUAUUUAAAUGAUCUCGUAUGUAAAGAUUUUUGUAUUUUAUUAACUGAUCGACGUUUUGUAAAUAUUAUUUCAACGUGCAAUAUUUCUAAUAAACGAACAAGUACAUACCUAUUUAAUAUAAUAAAAAAAGUAGG